UUCUGGUGGUCAAAUUUACUUUGAUAUUUGUCUGGUUACGAGGUCUUUCUCUUACACUUUCUGAGAGAUCCGAUCCAGGAUUGCACCUCAAAUUCAAGCUCUUUCUUUCUCGAAACUCCCCAAACCCAUGAUUGAUCGGAGAGAAUCCCGAUUGAAUCCGGGGAAAUUUCUCUGUUGAUUUGUCGUCAGCGUUGUUGAAUUGGCGUCGGGUUUCCUAGUUUCCCGGGAAAAAUCAUGGAAUUGUUUCCAUCCAUGAGUGGAGAAUAAGACUGUAGAAUCCCGCGCCAAACGAAGAAGAUCGAAGAAGAAGGGUUAGGGUUUACGGGGGACAAGAAUGGCGACUCCUGUUGAUCCACCAAAUGGGAUUAGGAACCAAGGGAAGCAUUACUUCUCAAUGUGGCAAACCCUGUUCGAGAUCGACAUGAAAUAUUUGCCCAUCAAGCCGAUAGGCCGUGGGGCUUACGGUAUAGUCUGCUCUUCGGUUAAUACCGAAACCAACCAGAAGGUAGCGAUCAAGAAGAUACACAACGUGUUUGAGAACCGGAUUGAUGCUCUCAGGACACUGAGAGAGCUCAAGCUUUUACGGCAUCUUAGGCACGAGAAUGUGAUUGGUCUGAAAGAUGUGAUGAUGCCUAUUCAUAGGAGAAGCUUCAAGGACGUGUAUUUGGUUUAUGAGCUCAUGGAUACCGAUCUCCACCAGAUUAUCAAGUCAUCUCAGAUGCUUACCAACGAUCACUGCCAGUACUUCUUGUUCCAGUUGCUUCGAGGGCUCAAAUAUAUUCACUCGGCCAACAUUCUCCACCGAGACUUGAAGCCCGGUAACCUACUUGUCAACGCAAACUGCGACUUAAAAAUAUGUGAUUUCGGGCUUGCACGCACAAGCAACACCAAAGGUCAGUUCAUGACGGAAUACGUUGUCACUCGCUGGUACCGAGCUCCCGAGCUUCUCCUCUGCUGCGACAACUACGGAACCUCCAUUGAUGUCUGGUCCGUUGGAUGCAUUUUCGCUGAGCUUCUUGGAAGGAAACCUGUUUUCCCGGGUACAGAGUGUCUUAAUCAGCUUAAACUAAUUAUCAACAUCCUCGGCAGCCAAAGAGAGGAAGAUCUUGAAUUCAUAGACAACCCGAAAGCAAAAAGGUACAUCAAAUCGCUCCCGUAUUCUCCAGGCGUGUCUUUUUCCCGUCUUUACCCCGGUGCACAUGUUUUGGCCAUCGACCUGCUUCAAAAGAUGCUUGUUUUCGACCCGACAAAGCGGAUUAGUGUCACUGAAGCACUUCAACACCCUUACAUGGCACCUCUAUACGAUCCAAACGCCAAUCCUCCGGCUCAAGUCCCUAUUGAUCUUGAUAUAGACGAGGAUUUGGGCGAAGAGACGAUAAGAGAGAUGAUGUGGAAGGAGAUGUUUCAUUACCAUCCAGAAGCUGCGACCAUAAACACCGAUCUCUGAGACCGUUUUACCCAAUCCUUCUCCGGUAACCACACGUCUUCUUCUACGUUUUUUUCCGUCUCUGCAUCUCUUUGUAUUUCUGGUUUUCGUGUGCUGUUGAAACCGAUGUCUGUAACAUAGUGUGAGUUCCUCACGGUGUACAUAAAGCCUCUGUUCUCCUGCAUGUACCUUUCAGAGCUGUAGAAUUCUCCCUCGUUGUAAACUAAGGCUAAGCCCCCUUUGCCACGCUCUGUUGCCUGUUCUCUCGUA